AUGGCUGAUAAUCGUGUUGGGGAUGCACCAUCCCUGUGGUGUGUCUCACGUGAGGCAGCCACGGCCAGCUGGGCCCUGGGAGCCGUCCUCGCCGUGCUGGCCUCACUCAUCAUCGUUGCCAACGUGCUGGUGGCCAUUGUCCUGCUCUGCCACAUCCGGAAGAGCGGCUCCAAGGGGCUCUGUUUUGUCCUCAAUCUUGCCUUGGCGGAUGCCACGGUUGGUUUCACAGUCAUGGGCCUGGCCAUAGACGAGCUUUCCCAGCCCUUUCAUGCUUCCCAGAACUUUUGCAUCCUGAGAAUGGCUUUUGUGACCUCUUCCUGUGCUGCCUCCAUCCUGUCCCUGAUCCUGGUUGCAUGUGACAGGCACCUGGCAAUCCGGAAGCCUUUCCACUAUUUCCAGCUGGUGACAGGCCCGCGAGUCGGGCUGUGCUUGGUGGGGCUCUGGCUGUUUGCUGCCAUCAUCGGCUUCCUCCCGGUCUUCAUCCCAAGCUUCCAGAGGAUCUCCAACCAUUGGAAAUGCUCCUUCUUCAACCUCUUCCAGCCUUCCUACAUGCUCACCAUGUUCUGCCUUGGCUUCUUCCCCUCACUCUUCCUCUUCCUCUACCUCUACUGUGACAUGCUGAAAAUCGCCUCGGUGCACGUGCAGCACAUCCAGGAGGUGGAGCAGGCGGGGCUGGGUGGGGGCUGUCCCCCACCCCGUGCCACCAGUGACAUGAAGGCCAUGCGCACGGUGGCCGUGCUCAUUGGGUGCUUCACCCUCUCUUGGCUGCCCUUCUUCAUCGCCAGCGUCGUGCAGAUGGCCUGCCCUGAGUGCUUCCCCUACAAAGUCAUUGAGAACUUCCUCUGGCUGCUGGGGCUGGGCAACUCCCUCCUGAACCCACUGCUCUAUUCCUACUGGCAGAGGGACGUGCAGCUCCAGCUCUCCCAGCUGGCUGCAGGUGUGAAGAGGAGAGUCCUGCUCCACCUGGGCAAUGGACGCUGUUUCCCUGGCAGAGACACCAAGGCUCCUCCUGCGGUGUCCUGCCUGGAGCUCCAGGACUGACUUGGUAAGCAGUGGCUGUCUCUGGCUUGCCAGCUCCCCUCCUGCGCUGUGACCCUG